UUUAUAACUUAUUUCAGGAGGACGAGCCUAUUUCUGUCACUCUCUGACCACAUUCCGCCCGGUUAAUUACGCGCCUGGUAUAUAGACUUGUUGAAAUGACUUCCUGACGAAGAAGUAGAGAAACAAUUAUUCCUGUGCCUUGUGAAUAAAAUAAAAUGGAUAUUUUACAAAAUGGAGUAAGGACGCUUAAAAGACAUAGCAUAUCUAACAUCAGUGAGGCUAUCCGGAGCCAUAUUCACCGGGAUUCCUUGGGCGGUCUCGGACGGCAUUUAUUCUCUCCCGGCAAAUCAUCAGAAAUACCACUGAAAAAUGCCGAGUUUGCAAGUGUAGCGGGAGCUAUUGUUCAAUUAUUUCAAAGGACCAAGUUACAAGAAAAUGAACUUACAAUACUACAAGAAGCUGUCAGGAAUAUUACAAGAUCAGAUGGGCCGUCAAUCUACGACUACUAUAAGGACAGACUGAUAAAGAAGGGAAUGAUUUUAAUACGAGAAAAGAUAAAACACGAAUCGGCACAUUCACUAUUGGCGCAUUUAGGAGAAGAAUGGAACUAUUUUUACAGAGAAAUUUUACCAGUGUUACAAGCACUGUUAUAUCCUGCACAAACUAAAUCAUUGACAAUACGGCACAUUGCCUUGCUAGAGUUCCGUGACACUGUUUUAUUGAAGUUACCGGUGAAAGACGCUUUGUCAAAACUUACAAACUCCGAGCCAGUACCACCACCUAUACGUCAAAUGCUGUUAGUUUUGCAUGGAGUUCAUGAGUUUCCAUGUACAGACAAUGCUAUCGAGUUAGAGAAACUUCUUGCUAGAGUGACCUCUCCUCAUUUAGGAAUUAUGGGAUUAUAUUCCGGCGGAAGUGAACCAGACAUUCGGAGCAAUUAUAAACCUCCAGAGAAAAAAAUAUCAGAUGACACAAUGGACGCAGACGACGAAAUAAUGAUCGACGAUUUACGGUCGACAAUGGCAACUGUUUCUCCAAUGGGAAACCGAUUAAAUCAGAAACGUAGCUCUGGAAUUCUACACAAUCCUAUGUUGGCAUCUGUUAAAGAACAUGGUAGAGGUCAGAGGCGUAGGUACAGUAUAGCUACUACCUGACAUCCUGUCAACCGGAAAUGAAGGAUAUACUCGAAAUUUAUAGACAGCUGCAAGUGCGGGACGUGCAAUGACGGUUAGACACAUUGGGCCUUUAAAUGAAGGCUUUGUGUAGCCAACUCAGAUUUAAAUUGUCCAGUGUGAAAGCAAGGAGCUAUUUAACAGAUUAGACUUAAUUUGUCAAGAUUUCAUGGUAAACGUUGACAGUUGCUUUAUAUAAAAACUAGGUGGCGGUGAUUUCUGCAUACUGGACAAUAUAUAACUGGUAACCUAUGUAAAUUUAAACAAGAGUACAUGAACUUCUGUAUCAAAUGUGCUAAACUCGGAACAAACAAAUGAAUAGGAAAUUCACGAGGUCGAUAGCAGUAUAGUAAAGCGUGUCCAAAAAAGAGGAAUACGUUCUCGUUUAGGCAUUAUUUAACGUUUAUUCAUAUUUUUGUCUUGAUACUCGAUAGUUAUGGUUAAUAACUUCAACAGUUUCAAUUAACCCAAUAAAAUAAAUAAAUAAUCAAUUUUUGGCAUUGUAUUAUAUUAAGAAGAUACUGUUUUGUAAAAGUAUUGUAAAAUGUAUUUACUCUUACAACUAAUAAUAAUGUUACUUUAUUUUGUUCUGUACAGUUUCUUUAAAGCAAAUGCCUUUCAGAGACUUAGAUUUUGAAUAUUGCUUGGUGACUUUAUGCUGGAGAGGGCUUUGGGGAAAAAAUGAAACAGUUGUUGUAAAGAGGUUAUUGGUCUACAGAGGGUCGCUAUGCAGAGGUUACACUGUUAUUUCUCUUUGUGAGAUAGUGUUGUCUGAGGCCGGACUAUCUUUUUAUAUAAUAUAAGUACGCAUACAUUUGUUUGCGUUGAACUAUUUUUACAUGUAUGUAAUAAAAAUGCAUUGUCUACAAAACGUAUUGAUCUCAACAUUUGUAAGAAUCAUUGUUUUACAUGUACCGUUAAUGUAACAUAUUUGUCAGACCGUAUUAUAUAUAUCUUAUUUACUCAAGGGAUAUUUGAAGCAUUAAAAAUU